AUGAAGAACGAAUCGCGAAGUGUUGCCAAAGAUCAACUCUCGCCUGUUCAGCUUUCAGCUCCUCCUUCAUGGAAGAAACUGUACUUCCCUAAGAAAGCAGGAACACCAAGGAAAGGCGAGAUUGUAUUUGUUGCUCCAACUGGAGAAGAGAUAACCUCCAGAAGACAAUUGGAGCGGUAUCUAAAAUCACAUCCUGAGAAUCCUAACAUAUCAGAGUUUGAUUGGGGAACCAGUGACACACCAAGGCGAUCAUCAAGGAUUAGUGAGAAGGUCAAAACAACUUCACCUGCAGAAGCCGAGCCUCCAAAGAAACGCGGUCGGAAAUCAAUUGGUUCAAAGAAAGAUGACAAGGUAACUGAAACUGAAGCUCAUUCCGAGGAAGCCGAGCCUCCGAAGAAACGUGGUCGUAAAUCAAUUGGUUCAAAGAAGGAUGACAAGGUAACCGAAACUGAAGCUCAGUCAGAGAAAGCUGAGCCUCCGAAGAAACGUGGUCGAAAAUCAUCUGCUUCAAAGAAACAUGAUAAGGAGACUGAAGCUGAAUCUCCUUCAGAGGAAGCCAAGGAAAAAGAAAAGUCUUCUGCAGAAGAACCGAAAGCCGGUCCAGUUGAUGCUGAUGACAACAUCGAUGAUAAAAUAAAGAGUGAUGAUGCAGAGGUAAUUAAGCAAAGUAAUGCAGAAGGUGAACUUGUUCAAGAGCCUUUGAAGGCUGUGGUCGAGGAGGAGAUAGUUGAAUCGGCAAAGGAAAAGUCUUCUGCGGAAGAACCUAAAGCUGAUCCAAUGGACACUGAUGACAAUGUCAAUGAUAAAACAAGGGGUGAUGAUGCAGAGGAAAUUAAGCAAAGUAAUGCAGAAGGUGAACAUGUCAUUGAAGCUUCGAAUGCUGUGGUUGAAGAAGCAAUAGCUGAAUCAGCAAAGGAAAAGUCUUUUGUGGAAGAAUUGAAAGCCAAUCCAAUGGACACUGAUGACAAUGUCAAUGAUAAAACAAGGAGUGAUGAUGCGGAGGAAAUUAAGCAAAGUAAUGCAGAAGGUGAACAUGUUAUUGAAGCUUCGAAUGCUGUGGUUGAAGAAGCAAUAGCUGAAUCAACAAAGGAAACGUCUUUUGUGGUAGAAUUGAAAGCCGAUCCAAUGGACACUGAUGACAAUGUCAAUGAUAAAACAAGGAGUGAUGGUGCGGAGGAAAUUAAGCAAAGUAAAGCAGAAGGUGAACUUGUUCAAGAAGCUUCAAAUGUUGUGUCCGAGGAGACAAUAGUUGAAUCGAAAAAGGAAAAUCCUUCUGCAGAAGAACCGGCUGCUGAUCCAAUGGAUGCAGAUAGAAACAUUGAUGAUAAAACAAAUAGUAAUGAUGCAGCAGAUGAAAUUAAGCCUAGUAAUACAGAAGGAGAAUUUGUUCAAGAAGCUUUGAAUGCUGUGGUCGAGGAGGCAAUAGUUGAAUCGGAAAAGGAAGUGUCUUCUGCAGAACCAAAAGCCGAUCCAAUUGAUGCUGUUAGCAACAUUGAGGAUAAAACAAAGAGUAACGAUGCAGAGGAAAUUAAGCAAAGUAAUACAGAAGGUGAACUUGUUCAAGCUUCGAAUGCCGUGUUCGAGGAGGCAAUAGUUGAAUGUGAAAAGGAACUGUUUUCUGCAGAAGAACUGAAUGCCGAUCCAUUUGAUGCUGAUAACAUAAUCAUUGAUAACACAAAGAGUGAUGAUGCUGAGGAAAUCAAGCAAAGUAAUGUGGAAGCUGAAAAUUUGAUUGUUGAGAAUCCUCAAGUGGAAGAAACACCAAUUGCAGGACCAGAGGAACAACUUGUUGAAGAAGCUUUGAAUGCCGUGGUUGCUGAAAAACCACUAGAGGAGGCCCCAGUUGAAUUGGAAAAAGAAAAUGGUACAGUUGACAUUAGUAAGCAGGAACAAUCAGGUGCUGAGGAAAACGAAGGAGCUGAAAAAGUGAGUGUCAACUUUGAAGAAGUUAAUGGCAAGAAUGAAAUUCCAGCAAGUGAUGAAAAACAAACAAUUCAAGGUGAGGAGCAAGUGAAGAUGGUUGACAAUGAAAGUGUUAUUUGGAGCUGUGCUCAAUGA